AUGAAGUGGGUUAUCCCCUGUGCUCGCCUCUCCUCAAAUCGUGGGAAACGAUUGGAAGCAAAAAUGUCUGGGCUGCAUGAAAAUGAGAGGGAAAUUCUUGUCACAGGCAGUGCUCAAGAGUUCCAACAAUGGUGUAAGAACACCGUGGAUUAUGACCAAGAUGAGGGUGUACAGCACAUAGGUGAGGAUUCAACAUCUUUGAAAUUUCAGUUGGAAACUGAAGUUCCCGAUGCAUACAACAUGGUGCCUCCCAAAGUGAAAUGCCUGACCAAGAUCUGGCACUCCAGCAUCACAGAGACAGGGGAAAUAUGUCUGAGUUUACUGAGAGAACAUUCAAUUGACGGCACUGGCUGGGCUCCCACAAGAACAUUAAAGGAUGUUGUUUGGGGAUUAAACUCUUUGUUUAUUGAUCUUUUGAAUUUUGAUGAUCCACUGAAUAUUGAAGCGGCAGAACAUCAUUUGCGGGACAAGGAGGACUUCCGGAAUAAAGUGGACGACUACAUUAAGCGUUAUGCCAGAUGAUAAAAGGGGACGAUUGCAGGCCCAUGGACUGUGUUACAGUUUGUCUCUCACGUGAAACAGCAGGAGGUAGCCCCCUCUCCCGUCCU